CGGCUAGCGCGGUUAAAAACAAGCCUGGCGCAUUGUACCGUGACAGUCGGCAGAACCUUCGCGGGAGGAACACAUGCCCUACCUGUCGCCGCGAGCAUGACGUUUUGACGCGCACCCGCGGUCUAAUGUUCCUUCCGAUCAAAAAGAUAGGCCAGAAAUAAAAAAAACAAACCAAGUGUUCGCAUUUCGGGAAAAAGUGGUUCGCGCGCUUUUUGACAUUUCUUUUUUUUAAAACAACAAACUGUUGCAGUGAAAAUGGGUCUCAAGCCCGACGAUGACAAACGGCCAAGCAAACUGGCCAUCAUGGAUGAGGAUGUGUCGGACAUACCACGUGGGCUGGGCAGGCGGCACUUCGUGACGUUCAUGCUGUUCCUUGGCAUGGCCAAUGCCUACAUCAUGCGCACAAAUAUGUCCGUGGCCAUCGUGGCCAUGGUCAACCACACGGCGCUGCCCGUGGCGCACGAGGCCAUAGACACAGAGUGCGGGGACGUCGGGAAUAAAACCAGUGAUGCAGCUUCACAAGAUGGAUCCUACGUGUGGACGUCCACGUUACAAGGCUACAUCCUGUCCUCAUUCUUCUAUGGAUACGUGAUAACGCAAAUUCCCUUUGGGAUAUUGUCCAAGAGGUAUGGAGCCAGGCUGUUCCUUGGAAUCGGAAUGUUGGUCAAUUCGGUCUUCGGUCUCCUGGUACCAGUAGCAGCUGAGGCUGGCUUCGGGUGGCUUAUAUUAGUGCGAUUCAUCCAGGGUCUGGGAGAGGGACCAAUCGUACCCUGCUCUCACGCUAUGUUGGCCAAAUGGAUUCCGCCCAACGAAAGGAGUAGAAUGGGUGCAGCUGUCUAUGCCGGUGCCCAAUUCGGUACGGUGAUUUCGAUGCCUCUAUCGGGGCUGCUCUCUGCCUACGGUUUCUCUGGAGGUUGGCCCUCUAUCUUCUACGUGUUCGGCCUCAUCGGCACCGUGUGGUGCCUCGCGUUCCUCUUCCUCGUAUCCGAGGAUCCGGAGCAGUGCAAGAGCAUCAAGGAGGCCGAGAGGAAGUACAUCGUCAGCUCACUAUGGGGCGCUGCUGGUUCUAGCUCGCCACCCAUUCCAUGGAGCAAGAUUCUCCGCUCGAUGCCUUUCUGGGCUAUCAUGUUGGCGCACAUGGGCCAAAACUACGGUUACGAGACCCUCAUGACGGAACUGCCCACCUUCAUGCGUCAGGUGUUACACUUCUCCAUCAAAGAUAACGGUUUCGUAUCAGCGCUGCCCUACCUGUGCAUGUGGCUGUUCUCCAUGUUCAUCUCAGUGGUGGCCGACUGGAUGCUGUCCAGCGGCCGGCUCAACCACACGCAAGUCAGGAAGGUCAUCAACAGCAUCGGUGAAUACGGCCCCGCGAUCGGGCUGUUCAUCGCGGCGAACACGGGCUGCAACCCCGCGGCUACCGUGGCCAUCCUCGCCAUCGGCGUCGGGCUCAACGGUGGUAUCUACUCCGGUUUCAAGGUGAACCACUUGGACAUCUCGCCGCGUUUCGCCGGGAUCCUGAUGGCGUUCACCAACUGCCUGGCCAACCUUACGGGGCUGUUAGCGCCUAUCGUCGCCGGGUACAUCAUCGAAGGACGGCCAACACAAGCCCAAUGGAGGAUAGUGUUUUACAUCGCCGCCGGUGUCUACAUAUUCUGCGCGACGUUCUACAACCUGUUCGCCUCGGGCCAGAGACAAGAAUGGGACAACCCGGCCGACGACGAAGCGAACGCGAAGAAGGCCGCCGACAAGAAAGCGAUCAGAACCGAGAAGAAAUCCGCCAAGAAUCAAAACCAAGCGGAGACCGCCCAAUAGCAGGCCUUAAAAAGUUGCAAACGCACCACAGAUACAAAAAGUGUAAUCGAUUAGAUAAAUCGUGAUAAUAAUUGUGUCUAUUGUUCGACCCCAUAUUAGUUCGAUCGUAGGUAAGACUGCAAUUUUAAUUCUUUGAUUCCUUUUAGAGCUAUCUUUUAGCAAAAUUAGUAUUUUUCUUAAAUUGUAAAACAAUAAAUGUAACUUUCAUUAAGUAUUCUUCUGUAAUUUACUGUGUAAUUGUUUCUGGAAAUCCUAUUUAUGAUCGAUAUUGUAUCCCCAAUAUAGGAGGGGUGAUGUACGAGUGUAAUUUAGGCUAGUGAUCGCAAUUGACAGUCUUUUGCCUAUUCACUAAAAUAUGAGAAACGCACAUCAAGAGGGCUGUGAUAAAAUCCUGUGUUU